UUGUACAGCGGUGAAUAAUAAUUAAAUUGUGCACUAAAAUCUAUUGUGAAUUAUAUUUGCACAGAGCAACACUGAUUUCACAAACGCAUCGGCAAAAAUAUCAAUGAAAAAAAACAAAACAAAAGCCGAAAGCACCAGAAAGAACAUAUUGCAUUAGCUUCAGUGGGAAGUUAUAAGCGGUUAAGAGCUAUUCCAGUUGAUUGAUUGUUGUACUUAAAAAAGAAUUAAAAUGAAUGGUGGAAAACAUUUUGCAAAAGGUUCUCAAAAGCCGGAAUUACCCGAUGAUGGUAUGCUGCGUUUGUACUCCAUGCGAUUUUGCCCUUAUGCGCAUAGAGUGCAUCUUGUGCUUGAUGCCAAAAACAUUCCAUACCAUACUAUUUUCAUUAAUCUCACCGACAAACCGGAGUGGUUGACUGAGUUCAGUGCAUUAGGCAAGGUACCAGCUUUGCAGCUGACUACAGAUGAGGGUGCACCCGCGCUUAUUGAAUCAUUGAUUAUAGCGGAAUACCUGGAUGAGAAAUAUCCGGAAAAACCAUUAUAUCCAAAGGAUCCACUUAAAAAAGCGCAAGAUAAGAUAUUAAUAGAACGUUUCGGUGCCGUUGUGUCACCAAUGUACAAGGUUUUCUUAAGCGGCAAUGAGCCAGGAACUUUACUUGAAAUUUCCAAGGGUCUUGAUAUAUACGAGCAGGAGUUACGCAGCAGAGGCACGCCAUUUUUCGGUGGUGACAAACCCGGUAUGUUGGAUUACAUGAUAUGGCCAUGGUGUGAACGCUCGGAAAUGUUGAAAUACUUAUUGGAUGAUAAAUAUAAAAUGGAUGAAGAACGUUUCGCACAAUUGUUAAAAUGGAAAGAUUUAAUGAUCAACGAUGCUGCAGUUAAGUCCUUUUAUUUAAACGGUGAAACACACGCCAAAUAUAUGCGUUCCCGCCGUGAGGGUCAUGCUGACUACGACAUGCUCGUAAACACGAGUAAACGACAAAGAACUUGUUGAAGAGUUCCGUUUCUUGGCGCAGUACCGUUCUUAACUGGUAAGAAACAUGAAGUGGGAAUAUUUCCUUGUGAACUGUUACUGCAACAGUUAUUUAUUGAGAAGCUAAUUUAUCUACUAUAUAUAAGAUAUAUCUGUUGUUUAUAUACUCUUAUGUUAUUUGUAAUUUUAUAAUAAAUACAAAACAUACAUUUUUAUACU